AUGGCGGACAACCAGGAUGCGCUCAGUCUGCUGAGAAAGUCCAUCGCCGUCGACAAUGCGCCAACACCCAGCACCUCCGAAGACCCCAGCACGCAAGCAGAUCUCGACAUCUCCCUCGCAGACGCAACAUAUCUUGUCUUCAACUUCACCCAGGCCGAAGAUGGAGGGCACCACAUCGCUCUUCCCAUCUCGCAGAAGACACGGUUCGAGUCGAAAGCCGCAAGCAAGGCGGUUGACUUGAGAUCUGUCUACUUCACAUGGCAGAACAGGGAGCAACAAACGAUUAGGUACAUCAAUGCUGUCGCGGCGAUCAAUGAAGAGCUGAAGAAGGCUGGGAAGGAUGAGGUUGUAACGAGCUUGAGUUUCCAAGAGAGGACGGAUCUGGUGAACUGGCUGAAUGGCGACAUUGCAGAGAAUGCCUGCGAGUUCAUCCGCAGCCUGGAUGACAACAAGGCCACGCGGAAAGAAGCCGACGAUGCAGCAGCGCUGGUCGCAGGAGGCGAUGAGGACAUUGAAAUGCGCGAUGCAGGCCUCUCAGACGCCGCAGCCCGCAAGAAAGAAGAAGAGCUCCUCCGCGCCAUCUACGCCAGCGAACGCAAAAUGGGCGACCGCAACACCAUCCUCCGCGGCAGCAAACUGCAAGACUACAGCGGCGUCCGCAAGCGCUGCGCCGACGUCUUCCUCAAAGGCCGUUCGGCCGCACAACCCACCCCGACCCCCGCCGCACCCACUUUAACCAACAACCCUGCGCUCCGACCGCCCGUCAAAGCCCCCCAGCCCGGUCGCCGCCCCGAGCCCAUCAUCCUGCUUUCCCCCUCCGCCUCCUCUCUCCUCCGCAUGCCGAACAUCAAAUCCUUCCUCGUCGACGGCAUCUACCAACCUCCCGACAACACUGCCUCCUCUGGCGCCAACAUCCUGCACCUCACGCGCAAACUCUCCGACGACAUCUCCAAACACCCCGUCCGCUUCAUUCUGGUCGACUCGCCCGAGCACUUUCGGCACGACUACUGGGAGCGUGUGGUCGCCGUCUUCACAACGGGGCAAACGUGGCAGUUCAAGAACUACAAGUGGCAGAAUCCGGCGGAUCUGUUCGCAAACGCGCUGGGCGUGUAUGUCGGGUGGAAGGGUGAGGUGGUGCCGGAGACGGUGAAAGGGUGGGGGAGGGGCGUGUUGACGUUGCAGGUGGAUAAGGGCAAGGAUCGGUGGAGGGAUCGGGAGGUCGUGGAGGAUAUUUGGCGGGCGAUUGAGGGCAGGAUGAGGGGGAAGGGGUGGGGUGGAAAGUAA